AUGACAGAGUACAAGCUGGUGGUGGUGGGUGAUGGAGGUGUGGGCAAAUCGGCCCUCACUAUUCAACUUAUUCAGAAUCACUUUGUUGAAGAAUACGAUCCCACCAUCGAGGAUAGUUAUCGAAAACAGGUUGUAAUCGAUGGUGAAACGUGUCUGCUGGACAUCCUGGACACAGCAGGACAGGAAGAGUACUCAGCAAUGCGGGACCAAUACAUGCGCACAGGUGAGGUACCAAUGGUGUUAGUUGGGAAUAAAUGUGAUCUUGCUCAGCGUGCUGUUGAUGGUCGAACUGUUGCGGAUGCAGCUAGGGCCUAUGGUAUACCUAUGGUAGAUACUUCAGCAAAAACAAGAAUGGGUGUCGACGAUGCAUUUUACACUCUAGUACGCGAAAUUAGAAGGCACCGAGAGCGGAACCGGGAUGUGCCGAGGAAAAAGAAAAAGUGCUUAAUUCUAUGA